CCGGAGGGAUGUUCCCUGCUCAGGAGGAGGCCGACAGGACUGUGUUUGUGGGGAAUUUAGAGGCCCGAGUGCGGGAAGAGAUUCUUUACGAGCUGUUCCUUCAGGCUGGGCCGCUAACCAAAGUGACUAUAUGCAAAGACAGAGAAGGAAAGCCAAAGUCUUUUGGAUUUGUCUGCUUUAAACACCCAGAAUCGGUGUCAUAUGCCAUAGCUUUGCUGAAUGGAAUUCGUUUAUAUGGAAGACCAAUUAAUGUGCAAUAUCGAUUCGGGAGUUCUCGCUCUUCUGAACCAGCUAACCAAAGUUUUGAGAACUGUGUUAAGACAAAUUCACACAGCUACAGGAAUGAAGAAACAGUGAGCAGAACUUCCUUUCCCAUGCAGUUUUUUCCAAUUAAUAAUACCGCUUUACCUCCAGAAUACUUUUUCUUUCAGAAGAUGCAGUGGCAUGCAUAUAAUCCAAUGCUGCAGCUUCCUUACUAUGAGAUGACAGCACCACUUCCUAGCAGUGCCUCCCUGUCUUCCUCACUCAAUCAUGUUCCAGAUCCAGAGGCUGGAUCCAGCUCUUACGAAUGGACUCACCAACAACCAAGUAACUCUGACCUUUAUCAGAUGAAUAAACGAAAGAGGCAAAAGCAAACCACUGAUAGUGAUAGUAGCACAGAAAACAAUAGAGUAAACGAAUAUAGCCCAAAGUUCCGAAAGUGUAAGAAGAAGAAAAGAUAUUAGCAUUAUCUUCAGGUGAAAUAUAUCUACACUGAUCUCAAUAAUCUUAAAAGAAAAAGAGAAAAAAACCUUUCUCUGUUCUAACCUUUCUCUGUUCUACUAAACGACCAAUUUGAUGGCUGUCUUGUCUUUUUGAAAUAUAGAACAGUAUAACUUAGGUGAUUUGCUAUUCAAUUUUUGCCUUGAAGGACAAAAGCUUUUUUAGAAUAUGACGUACUACUUUUUGUAUUUGUCAUGGUAUUUUUGACCCAUUUCAACAAGAAAUAUACUUUGUGUCAUUUUACUGUAGCACUAAUGAUGAAAUUUCACUAAACUAUUAAUCAAAAGUCACUUAUUGGACACUCACAGAUUAGGCACCAUGCUCUCCCUUAAUUGUCACCUAUAACCCUCAACUAUAAAUAGGCUGAGAUUAGAAGUGGAGUGGUGGAUUUUUCUCUGAAAGAAACUAGUGCAAAUAUUUAAGAGUUGCAUGUUUCUAAUGAAGAUGGAAUAAACAGGCUUAGUUUUCCUUGUUAAUAACAUUUUACUUUUUAUGUUUAAGUAUGUCAUUUCUGAGCUUUACUUUCCUACAGGUUUAUUUCAUAAAAUGAGGACAUAUGACAAGGAUACCAAAGGAAAGAUGUUAUAGUGGAACUAGGUUUGGAUCAUUCCCUUUUGAUGUGAUUGUAUAUAAAUACGGAUACCUGCCUCUCUACUUUUCACUUAUUAAUCGUAUAUCAUGAAAAUUAGUUGGCUAAGUAAGUAUUUUUUAUUCACCUCUUGCUGGCAAGGCCUGAGAAAAUAUAUUUAACAUAUUUAAAUCUUGAUAAUAAACAAGUAAAUAGAAUGAUAUUUUAUUAAUGUAUGAUAUUUAAUAUUUGUCAUCCAAAUCAAGUUUCCUAUUUUUAGUUCAUUUAUAUUAGAAGAUAAAUAUACUAUAUGUAAAAUUAAUGGUUUAUUUGGACAUUUUUAUUUAUUUUACAACUUUACAUAAACUAGGAUGAUGAAAAUCAUAUAUUUGCUAAAUCUAGUUGAAAGAAUUAUACAACUAUUGGGAGUUAACCACCCAAUUCAGUAGGAAAGGCCAUGCUUGGAUGUUUCUUUUGUAUGUUGCAUAGCACUUUAUAGAUAUUUAUUAUUUAAAAGAAUGAAUACAUGUUUUAACAAAAGGAAUAAUUGGAUUUAACUCUUGUUAUAAAUAUACAAUGUAGUGAGGUUUAAAACAUAAAUAUUAGUCUAUUUCCAUUUCAGCAAUAUGAAAAAUUAAGUUCUGCUCUGUAUAGCUUUAUCUAUAUUUUCAUAUUCUUCAUAUUCUUAAUAUUCAAAGUGGAAAAUUUAGAUUAUUUUUUAAAAAUCCACAUUUUUGCAAUUUAAAAUAAUGCCAAAGGGGAAAAUAUGUUCCCAUUUAAUUAGAAAAUAAUAUCUUUAAACACAUUUACUUUACCUCAGCCUUUUUUCAAUUCUUCUACAGUUUACCUUAGCCCUAAGUUAUUUUAUUGUGAUUGAUAUUAUAGGAAAUUUGUAUACAAGAAAUGUUUCUUAGCAAUUAAGAAUAGCAUAUAUGUUAGAAAAUUAUCUUGAAAUACCAUUACAUGAACUAAAAUGUUAGAAUUGCAAAAAUUCUUAUAACUCCUUCCAUCAUGGAUAGGAACUACCUCAGUAUCAACUUUAACAAUUCAACCAACUUGAACCAACCAGAAUGCUAAGAAAUUCACCUAUUUACCAGAGUGUCUUUCAUUAUUAAAAAAUAUAAAACUUCCUUUAAAUUGUUAAUAUCUACUACAAUCGUAUAUAAUUUUAAGUUGUGAAUUUUCCCAGUGCUAUAUAGUUGAGUUAAGGGUCAUUCAAACUAUUUGCCUUAGAGAGUUUUAUUUUCCAGUUUUAAUUCCCCACUCUCAAAAUCUAUUUAUUUUUAAGUACAUAUGUGUACAAAUGCUAGAGGAAGCUUGGAAUUUGAAAACAAAAUCAGACAUUUUGUAUAUUCUUAUAUUCCCUAACUUUUUAAAAAUGAGUUUCUGUAAUGGAUAAGGCAGUGGUAAAACAAGAGAAAAAUUACUUAUAAAUAAAGUUGGUGAAAAAGAUAUGAGUGCCAAACAUACAUUUGAAAUCUGCUGAAAUGACUCAUCCUGAACUAUGGUUUCAAAUGUGUAGACGUUUAGACAAAGGCAUCACCUUUUAAAUGUAAGCAUUAAAUGCAGUUAUUGUAAGAUAUACAAUGACUAAUUUAUUGUUACAUGAUUAUUAUAAAAUUCUGAUGUAAUAAUUUUAUGGUUACCAACUUAAAGUUCAAUGAAAGAAAGAGUUGAGAAUUAUUAUACUUCCUUUAGUACUGUCCAGGUGCAAAAACAUUGUACACUGACUGUAAUCAACCUCUACUUUGUAUGGCUAAAUACUAAUAAACUGAUGGGUGGUUAGAAAAUGA